UGUCCUAAAGAGGGUGCACUUGAUUUUAAUUUUCUUUCACUAUGACGCCUGUCAAUGUUGCCCUCAUUCGUGAUGCCAAGUGGCUGACUUUAGAAGUCUGUAGAGAGUUUCAGAGAGGGACUUGCUCUCGAGCCGAUGCAGAUUGCAAGUUUGCCCAUCCGCCAAGAGUUUGCCACGUGGAAAAUGGUCGUGUGGUGGCCUGUUUUGAUUCUCUAAAGGGCCGGUGUACUCGAGACAACUGCAAGUACCUGCACCCCCCUCCACACCUCAGAUCGCAGCUGGAGGUUAAUGGGCGCAACAAUCUGAUCCAACAGAAGACUGCCGCAGCCAUGUUCGCCCAGCAGAUGCAGCUUAUGCUCCAUAACGCCCAGAUGCCAUCACUUACUUCUUUUCCAAUGAAUCCGCCACUUGCACCUAAUCCUGCCAUGGCUUUCAAUCCUUACAUACCUCAUCAUGGGAUGAGCCUGGUUCCUGCCGAACUUGUACCAAAUGCUCCUGUUUUGAUCUCUGGAAACCCGCCUUAUGCAUUGCCUGGAACUGUUGGUCCAAAACCGAUGCGGUCAGACAAACUGGAGGUUUGCCGGGAAUUUCAGCGUGGAAAUUGCACCCGUGGGGAGAAUGAUUGCCGCUACGCUCACCCUACGGAUGCUUCCAUGAUCGAAGUGGGCGAUAACACUGUGACGGUCUGCAUGGAUUAUAUCAAAGGUCGAUGCUCCCGGGAGAAAUGCAAGUAUUUUCAUCCUCCUGCGCAUCUGCAGGCCAAGCUCAAGGCAGCUCAUCACCACAUGAACCACUCAGCUGCAAGUGCCAUGGCCCUUCAGCCUGGUGCAGUUCAACUGAUACCAAAGAGAAUGGGAAUUGAGAAGACCAAUGGUGCCACUCCAAUGUUUAAUCCCAGUGUUUUCCACUGCCAGCAGGCUAUGGGUAACCUGCAGCUCCCGCAGCCGGCAUUUAUCCCUGCAGGGCCAAUACUGUGCAUGGCACCCACUUCAAAUAUUGUGCCCAUGAUGCACAGUGCUACACCUACCACUGUGUCUGCAGCACCAGCACCUGCCACCACCGUUCCCUUCGCUGCAGCACCUACAGGCAAUCAGUUGAAAUUCUGAACAGCAGAGUUAUGGAGUAUCGGAAUCUCUCCCUGAGAACCUCCAUCUGGCCUGUCUAUAUCUAUUCUCAUGUGUCCUCUUCUACCAAUACAACUGUAAGCAUGGUGCAGUCCAUACAUUAAGCAAACAUCGCUACCAACCAGUUCAAACAAAAAGAAAGCGUUACAAAAUCAAUUGGGUAUUAAAAACAAAACAUGAGUAGAAAACUAGUAACUAUCAUUUGUCUCAUUUGAAUUGUCGGGUAGAACAUGAUCAUAGAAUUUUUGUAACUUGUUCUAGUAUUCUUAGUGAUUUGUUUCAGUAACUUUUAUGCUAAGUGAAUUUCCACAGUGAACUGUAUGCUUACUACACAUUCCUGGUGAAGAAAUGUUAUCUGUUUUGAAGUGUUACGUUAUGGUUUUGUUUACAUGAUCAUUUAUUGGGUUGAUUUAGGAUGUGACAAAUACAAACAGCACCAUUU